AUGACUGCAGAGUCGGUCGGGGCUCUGACGACUGUGAUUGGUUGACGUUAGGCUUCCAGAAGACGAGUAAGUGGUCGCUGAUUGGCUGCUACUCUCUUUGUGCGCGCGGCGUCUCGGCAGCUGCGUUUUGAAUGGUCCUGCGCUUGAGAAGCCGAAGGCGUCCAUGGGCAAAAGGAGUCAGGAUGGUGUUAGUUCAUGUCGGAUAUCUGGUUCUUCCGGUGUUUGGUUCAGUAAGAAGCAGAGGUACUCAUUUCAGCAGGCACCAACACAGCCAUGCUACAUCCUGCCGACAUUUCCACCUGGCUACACCGCUUCCUACUGAAUUCCCGCCAACUGGCCUCGCGGCCCCACAGUACCAGGAAGUCCCACCCACUUUCCUACCUCAGGCCUUACAGCAGCAAUACCUCAUACAGCAGCAGCUACUGCAGCGCAGACGCACACAAGAGCGCGUUCCUCUCAACACACACCGGUUACGCCCAGGAUAUGAUUAUUCACCACCCAUGCACAUUCCUCAGCCAAUCACACAACAGCCCAGAUACCUGGCAGAGGGCACAGACUGGGAUCUGAGCGUGGAAGCUGGUUUGUCCCAUCAGUACUCGCUGCAGCAGAUUCCACAACCCUACCAGCACUACCUAGCCUCUCCCAGAAUGCACCACUUCCCUCGGAAUACUUCAUCUACACAAGUGGUUGUCCACGAGGUAAGGAAUUAUCCAUAUCCCCAGCUGCACCUACUGGCUUUGCAGAGUUUAAGCCCCAGUAGACAUGCUUCUGCUGUACGGGAGAGUUACGAGGAGUUGCUUCAGCUGGAGGAUCGCUUGGGCAGCGUGAGCCGAGGAGCCAUCCAGACCACCAUUGAGAGGUUUACCUUCCCUCACAAGUACAAGAAGCGGAAGCCAUUAGAUAUGAAGCUGUGUGAUGAUGAGGAGGAGUCUGACGUGGACGAAAAAUGCACCAUAUGUCUCUCCAUGCUGGAGGAUGGCGAAGAUGUCCGGCGAUUACCCUGCAUGCACCUCUUUCAUCAGGUGUGUGUGGAUCAGUGGCUGGCCACCAGCAGGAAGUGUCCCAUAUGCAGAGUGGACAUCCAAACACAGCUCACACCUGAGAGCUGAAACACAUAUACACACACAUAAUGAUUCAGUUCACGUUUAUGAAUUGAAGCACAUAGACACACAAACACAGCUCAGAAAUGAGCACAGGAAACCACACCUUGUGUCAACUGUUUAAAGAUUUCUACUCACAGACACAAAACCUGUUUAUACUCAUGCCAUCAAAAGCCUAAGCAUAGAGACCCACACACACUCUAGUGUACAUAGAGGCCUACAUUCUCUGCCUAUAGACACAGGGUCAGUUAAGAAGUAUUCCUUACAUUUAAAACACAUACACACACACACAAUCCAUCAAGUCAGUCACAAACAUAGACUUCAUUAGGACAUCUCAUACAUACAUACAUACAUACAUACAUACAUACAUACAUACAUACAUACAUACAUACAUA